AUUAUCUUCACCCCCACUUCUUGUGGGAUAAAGUAAAUGAUGUUCCAAAGAAAUGAUGUUGCCACAUUAUAAGAGAUCAGUUACAGAACAAGGCUGCAUACUACCUACAAAUUUCCUGUGGUUUGCUUUGUGAAAAGGGUUAAAUUCCCAUCUGUGAUACAUUUUGGAAUGAAUGGGCUUGAUGCCAACACCUUAAAAGAUAUCCCUCAAAAAUCAAAAAGACAAGAGUCACCAGCUCCCACACAAAGUAAAACAUGGGAACCUAAUUUUAACAGGGUUAGUAAGGAGCAACUACCAAUGGGUCACUGA